AUGAAGUUCGAAACAAUCAGUCUUAACACCGAAGUGCCGGUGGUGGUGAACAUGAUUGCGCCAGGAAGCCCACAUCCACGUAACCGUGGCCAGAAGAACCGCGGGCGCCUAUUCCUUGUCGCCAUGGUUUUGAUAUUCCUCAUAUUCAACUGCAGAAAUUUGGACUUUAGAAACACUACAAAUCCGUCGCAUUUGCUCGGCUCCUCUUAUAAAAUAUCACGACUCCAUUACCUUGUACCUGCUAAUGCAGCGAAUCGUCAAGUUUGCGCCGUCGUUGCUUCAGCCCUCGUCAAUCGAUACUCCAUACCGACCAUCUUGGGCUAUAGAGGCGAGUCCUUCUUAGAUGCUCAAAAGGCACAUAUCGCAAAGCUGCGCGCUAUAAAAGACUACCUCCACGACUCGGGCGGUGCGUCAGAUGACCUCGUUAUUAUUGUCGACGGGUUCGAUGUCAUGGCUCAACUCCCUGCCGGCGAGAUGAUUCGACGAUACUUCGAUUUGAUGUCCGAGGCAGACCAAAGAUUGGCUGAUCAACGCGGGAUAACUAUAAACGAGCUCCAUCGAACUGGAGUAAGACAAACUCUUCUCUGGGGAACCGAUAAAGGAUGUUGGCCGGAGAGCGAUACUGACCCGCGAUGUUGGGUGGUACCGUCUUCAACACAGCCUCGAUUCAACUGGGGACUCAAGACAGAUACAGGGGAUCUCCAAUAUAGCGACUCGCGAUUUCUCAACUCAGGAACCGUCAUUGGCCCACUCGAAGAUCUUCGCAACUUUAUCGAUGCUGCCCUCACGCUAAUAGAGGACGACUGGAACCAGGAUUUUCUCUUCCGAGACUCUGAUCAGUUUUACAUCGCAGCUUUAUAUGCUCGUCAAGAAUACCAUCGAAUGGUCGAUCUCAAUGGUGGUGCGUUCCCCGAAGAGGUUGCCGGCAGAAGUGUACCAAAGAGGAAGACUGGCAAGGACGAUGUGACAGAGUAUCACGUAACUGUGGACUAUGAUUAUGCGUUUACUCAAACUGAAUGCCACAACUAUAGGUUCAUUCGAAAGCUUCAAUAUGACAACUUCGACUUGACAGCCACCGUGAAAGAAGACGCUUUAGAAGAAGGCUCAAGAUUCCAUCCAUAUAAGAUCCAGAUGCCUUCCUCGCUUUACAAAACUCUGCACAGAGUUUAUGACUCUCUGCCUGAGGAGGACCGUCCAGCAAUGACAGGCCGCAACUGGAUCCGAAGUCUAAAACUCGGUACGAAUAUUGCCACGCGAAUAGUCUUUGCCUUCUAUCACAACACAUGCGACAAAACUGGAUUUGUCGACACUUUCCACGACGCUUGGUUUUAUCCUCUCAUGCGACCUCUUCUUCGAGUUGCGGUCAAAGCCAUCCAGCACCACCAGUCCAUCAGCCAGGAGCCUAUAGAUGGCAGAGUGUGGAUGGCUGCACGAGAGUAUCCCAGGAAGGCUGACUUCAAGGAUGAGUAUGGUGGGGUCUAUACAGAUGCUCCAGAGGAGGAAUUUGUUCCUCUCCAGAAGUUUUGUGACGAGGAUAUAGAGUCUGUGCUUGGGAAGGAUAAUGACUACCCUCUGAGUAGACUGUGA